GACAAGUAAGAAAGAAACUUGGUGACUCGCAUAUUUUCAUCUCUCUCGCUACAGGCCGAUCGCCAUCGUCGUCAUACCGUAAACUCGUGGUGGGGGUUUCUGUCUUAAAUAAGACAUUGCCCGCACUAACUCUCCUACACACACGACCAAAGAACACGUCUUGGUAUCGCCAGAAGUAGGAGGCUUUCGGCGAUUAUGCCCGCUGGUUGACGAGUAUUUUUUUAAGCAUCACAUCGAAUCGGGUUCCUCUUCGAUCGUGUCGGCGCUUUGAUGGGUCCCUGGGUUUCGAAGCACACUUGAUCAUCCUAGAUGCGGCAUCGUCAAGCAUGAGCCGUCGCGCUUUUCUGCUCGUUGGUGCUUGGUUGUCCUCCGUGUGCUCUACGUCGGCCUCACACGAUGACGUAGCGGCAUCUGGAGGGAUCAUCGAAGCGGUGGAUGACCAUUCUGGUGCUGUUGAUCGACAGAGGUUCUUGCGGAACGAACACAGCGACCGGUCCCCAUCGGUUUCCGUGGCACAAGAAGAAGAAAUCGCUGACGUCACUCCGAAUACCACUGUCCUCGGUGGAAUUCCAAGAACCGAUGAUUAUUUGCCUACCAAUGCAUCAUCCUCAUCAUCCGCCACAGCUCGGCGUUUCAGGCCCCACCGAGGACCCACGGCGACCACAAUACAGGCGGGCUCUUCCUCGACCAGCUCAGCAGCGGUUCCCGGUUCAGGACUUGUCCAAGGGCGACGAGCAGUCAUCACGGCUUCGUCAUCUAUGA